AUGGAUGGAAAGGUGGCCCCUGUCCUGAUAGAUUUGACUGUUUAUAUGCUCAAUAUUGGGCGGCAUCUGAUAAAAGAUGAUGGGCUUAAUAG